AAGCCGGCUUGAGCUCGAACAAAUCAAAUUGAAGGAAAGAAACUGCCGGCUUUCAAAAUCCUCCUCCGCCGCCAUCAUCCGCUGCCUUACCGAGAGCAGGUGGUGUAGGAGACGGUAGUGACGAGGGACCCCGGGAGCGCGGACAGACAGGCGGGCUAGGCACCGGGACCGCUGACUCCUGGGCAGCGACACGGGCGGACCUGACCUGAUUAGGUUGGCGUCCGUCCCGCCCUGCCGACGCCCGCGCACGGGUCGCCCCACGCGGCGGCGCCCCCUAUUCACGUUUUCAGAUCUCCAGGGGAUCCCACCAUUGUGGCCAGCAUGGCCUCUGAAGAUAUCACUAAGCUGGCAGAGACUCUGGCCAAAACGCAAGUGGCCGGAGGACAGCUGAGUUUCAAGGGCAAGAGCCUUAAAUUGAACACUGCAGAAGAUGCUAAAGACAUGAUUAAAGAGAUUGAAGACUUUGAUGGCUUGGAGGCACUGCGCUUGGAGGGCAACACUGUGGGCGUGGAAGCUGCCCGAGUCAUCGCCAAGGCCUUAGAGAAGAAGUCAGAGUUGAAGCGAUGCCACUGGAGUGACAUGUUCACAGGGCGCCUGCGGUCUGAGAUCCCUCCAGCGCUGAUCUCACUAGGGGAGGGACUCAUCACUGCUGGGGCCCAGCUGGUGGAGCUGGACCUAAGUGACAAUGCAUUCGGGCCUGAUGGCGUCCGUGGAUUUGAAGGCCUGCUCAAGAGCCCAGCUUGCUUCACCCUGCAGGAGCUCAAGCUCAACAACUGUGGCAUGGGCAUCGGUGGUGGCAAGAUACUGGCAGCAGCUCUGACUGAGUGUCACCGAAAGUCCAGCGCCCAAGGCAAGCCGCUAGCCCUGAAGGUCUUUGUGGCUGGCAGGAACCGACUGGAGAAUGAUGGAGCCACUGCCUUGGCUGAAGCUUUUGGAAUCAUCGGGACCCUGAGGGAGGUCCACAUGCCCCAGAAUGGGAUCAACCAUCCUGGCGUCACAGCCCUGGCCCAGGCCUUCGCUAUCAACCCUCUGCUGCGGGUCAUCAACCUCAAUGACAACACCUUCACCGAGAAGGGCGCAGUGGCUAUGGCCGAGACCCUGAAGACCUUGCGGCAGGUGGAAGUGAUCAACUUCGGGGACUGCCUGGUGCGCUCCAAGGGUGCUGUGGCCAUUGCAGAUGCCAUUCGUGGGGCUCUACCCAAGCUCAAGGAGCUGAACCUGUCAUUCUGCGAAAUCAAGCGAGAUGCUGCCCUGGCUGUGGCAGAGGCCAUGGCUGACAAGGCCGAGCUGGAGAGGCUGGACCUCAAUGGCAAUGCACUGGGAGAGGAGGGCUGCGAGCAGCUCCAGGAGGUGCUGGACGGCUUCAACAUGGCCAAGGUGCUGGCAUCCCUCAGUGAUGAUGAGGGUGAGGAUGAGGAGGAUGAGGACGAGGAGGAAGGAGAAGAAGAGGAGGAGGAAGAAGAGGAGGAGGAAGAGGAAGAAGAAGAGGAGGGGGAAGAGGAGGAGCCACAGCAAAGACAAGGGGAGGAACCAGCCACACCCUCAAGGAAGAUUCUGAACUCUAGCACUGGGCGUCCCCUGUUUCAGGAGCCGGCCCCGUCGCUGUCCUCCCCGCCACCCACCGACAUCUCCACCUUCCUGGCCUUCCCGUCCCCUGAGAAGCUGCUGCGCCUUGGGCCCAAGAGCUCAGUGCUGAUAGCCCAGCAGACUGACACAUCUGACCCAGAGAAGGUGGUCUCAGCCUUUCUGAAGGUGUCGUCAGUGUUCAAGGAUGAAGCCACAGUGAGGACUGCAGUGCAGGAUGCAGUAGAUGCCCUCAUGAGGAAGGCCUUCAGUUCCUCGGCCUUCAAUGCCAACGCCUUCCUUACCAGGCUCCUGGUUCACAUGGGCCUGCUCAAGAGUGAAGACAAGAUCAAGGCCAUCACCAACCUCUGCGGCCCCCUGAUGGCGCUGAACCACAUGGUGCAGCAGGACUACUUCCCUAAGGCCCUUGCACCCCUGCUGUUGGCCUUCGUCACCAAGCCCAAUGGCGCCCUGGAAUCCUGCUCCUUUGCCCGCCACAGCCUGCUGCAGACACUCUACAAGGUGUAGCUUCCAGGCCGUCUCUUCUGUCCCUCAACCUGUACCAGGGACAAGGGACCUGGAGGAACUGAGCUACAGCCCGAGAGUCCCCAGGACAGGACUCUGACCAGAGGCAGGGAGGGUCUUUGUUUCAUGUCAUGUUGGGCCCAGUGUGUAUGUCGGUGUGGUGUGUGUGCCUCCUGUGUCGGGACUGGGGUUUUUCAUGUCUCCUUGGCCCUGGUCUGUCGUGGGGCGUUGGCCCCAGGAAUGGGCUGCAGGCUGCUUUGCCAUUAAACUCACUGCCAUCCGAGGGCAUUCUGCGCUCCAUGCCGCAGCUGUCCCCCCGCCCUGCUGUCCUGCUGCCCUGGGGUGUGCCGAAGCCUAGGAUAUUGCUGUCUCUGUGCUCUGCUGUCCCUCUGUGUCACGUUGGGCUAUCUUCUACCUGGCCUAGACCUGCAGCAACUGCUGUCCCUGCUGUUCAAGCCUGUCAUGCACACCCCGAGGCCUAAGGACCAGGCUCAGGGUGGGGCUGUCGCAGAGGGCAGGACCCCACCCCUGCUCAUGUAGACCAGAAGAAACACCAUGGGUGACAGGGCAGGGGGUGGGUGUUGGGUCCAGGAGGAGCAGGACCUGGGGCUGCACUGGCUCCUGCAGCCAGCGGGGGCCAAGCCAGAGGGGCACUGUGCCAGGCCCAGACCUGUUCUGCCCAGGGAGGAGCUGGUGCUGUGAUCCCUGCGCUGCAUCUGGGGUGCUGAGGACCCCCUGCGGUGAGGAGGGUCGGGCUGGGCUGGGCACCCCCAUGACUGCCUCAUGCUUCCUGUGUGCUCUCUUGUGUGUCUAGGCUGUGCCUGGCAGCUUUACAAAUAAAGUCACUUAUGUCAG